AUGACAAGCGAUGUGAAUAUCUCGAGACGUCCGGGUCUCGAGCCUAUAUGGACUAAUAGCUACCGCACCGUUAACGACAUGCCUAAGACUAUCAUUCGGCCAACUCCCAUCAGUGUGGGCCUGCCUCAGUCGCCAAUAUCUCCUAAGAGCCUCCAAACCCUCCCAAGCCCUAAUCCAGUCCAUCCCGCCUCUUAUGAUGGAUCGAUGAGAAGGCAAGACCGGGCGCUGGUCAACAGCCUUGACCAGAGAGCGGUGCCGUCCCUAAGCUCGGCACCCCUAGCUCCCAUCGAUGAGUACUCGCCGUCACCAUUGGUCGCAAGGCUCGAAAAGAUCAGCAUCCUACCGCCGAUGAGCAUUCCCAAUGGCGUACCUACACCGACUUCGUCAGAUGCCUCGUCUCGGAGAGAAAGCCUGCUGUCACUAGAUGGGUCGACAUCAGUAACCAUGCAUGAUGCUCCCUCGGGAUAUCAAGUCAGAAGUCCCAGCUACUACAAUGCGGACUAUCCCACAUCGCCGGGUUAUCCUCAAAGAGAUGCAGUGUUAAGGAUCCGGGACCAGCUUCGAGUUUGGGGCCCUGUCUAUUUUGGCAACUCAAAGAUGGCCGAUGCCUUUAUUAUCGCCAGAUCUCUACGCCAACAUAACUGUAACUCCCCGACGAGCCCGGCAUUCGUAAAAUUACCGGCAAGUGCACCACCAAAUAAGCGACUGACAGUUCGCGCCAUAAUCCGGCCUCAAUCUCAAGAUAGGCCAACAUUCCUAAUUCAGCGCAACUUCGACAUUGAUGAACUCCGGGCUACUAUCCCCGAUCCACCUCCACAUAUACACGUAAACAGCGGCCCGGACAGACAACGGUCCCCGAAUAGUCAAAGUAGUGUCUCAGUUCCCAUGCAGUCCAACCGUAGACGAUCCAGUACCGUGCGGUCGGGCACUCUGCUGCGCUCCGACGCAAACACCUUGGAUCUCGAGAGCUUGAUAAGAGACGCGAGGGCUAUCCCAAUGCACGUUCCAUAUGCUCGAGCAUACUUACCCGUCGUGGCGGCGCUACUGACCUCCGGCCACGUCCGCGAGGGCGAUGUUGUAUAUCUGCCUAUGCCUCAUGCUGAAGCGUGGCCUCAGACAGUACAAUAUGUGUACACAGGACAGGGAGAGCUAACGGAGGCAGUGCGGGAGAAUAUAUUGUAUUUAGCUGGGAAGGUGUGA